AUGUCCCCCCUCCGCCCCCACAUCACCCCAGACAGCUUCUUCCACACCAUCCCCUCCCAACCCCAAUCAUCAUCAUCCCCCCCAACCCUCAUCUACUUCAUCUCCGGCAACCCGGGCCUCAUCUCCUACUACACCCCCUUCCUCACCCUCCUCGCCGAGAACCUUAAACCUCUGACCGCUCCUGGUCCUGGCCCCUCCCACCAGUCUGAUCCUGCUUCUGAUUCUGAUUCUCGGAUCUUCCAUAUUCAUGGACAUAGUCUUGCGGGGUUUGAAUUGUCUGACCGUGGUAAUAAUGAUAGUAACAGCAGCAGCAGCACAGCAGGGGACCAUUACCACAACCUAGAAGAGCAGAUCUGCUUCGUGCAGAGAAAACUGAAUGCUUUUGUUCGAGAUAUACCGCGUGAGGAUAGUGGUUCGUCUCCGCCGAAACCGAAUGUUAUUCUGAUAGGGCAUUCGGUGGGGGGAUAUAUUGCUAUGGAGGUUAUUAAUCGGCAUUUACAUGGAUAUCGGCAUCGGCAACCUCAUGGUGAACAGGGCUCGAUAAUGACGCCUGAUGGUGAUGAUGAUAAUGACGUGCAAUUCAACAUCACCGGCGGCGUGAUGCUCUUCCCCACAGUCGUGGAUAUUGCCCUCUCGCCUUCGGGGAGGAAGUUGACUACCUUACUAUCCCUCAUCCCCAACCUCGCCCUCCUCGUCGCCUUCCUCGCCCGGAUCCUGACUUCCCUCCUCCCGACCUCCAUCCUCCGGCCCCUGGUCGCUUCUUUCACGGCCCAUCCGCCCGAUCAUGCCCUUGACGCUACCUGUGCGUUUUUGGCGAGUAAGACUGGGGUUAGGCAGGCCUUGCAUAUGGCUGCUGACGAAAUGAAAACUAUCACGGCGGAUGGAUGGGCGGAUGAAGUUUGGGGUGUUGGUUCUAAAUCUGGAUCUGGACCUGGAUUUGGAUCCGAGUCUGAGUCUGAGCCUGAGCCUGAUGGAAAAGAUUUACUGGACCCGCUACCGUUACCGCAACUCGCCUUCUACUUCGGGCGAAAUGACCACUGGGUCGCUGAGGAGACGAGGGAGGAGAUUCUCAAGGCUAGGGGUGGGGGUGCCACUGCCGCUGCUGCUGCCGGGGAGAAGAACGGCCCAAGUAUGCUGGUCUGUGAGGAGGGGGUGCCGCAUGCUUUUUGUUUGCGUCAUAGUGAGGUUAUGGCGAGGAAGGUGGCUGGGUUGGUGGGAGGGAUUGUGAGGGGGGGUUUGGAUUGA